CACAGACUCGCUGCUGAAGAGGAAGAACCAGAUCAUUCUCGUAUUUGUCACCGCAGCGGCACCCAAAGUUUUGACGUUUACCACAAUUCGGCAUCAAACCGCCCAUUAAAUGUUUGUGAUUAUGGACGGUGUGGACAAAACCAAUUCCCUUAAUACGUUAUACGACUGAGAGAAGAGCAUUCACGUUGACAGCUGCGUGUGUUUGUUAGCUCCGUAGCUGUCGCUGCUUGUUUUGUUUUCUAUAAAAGUGGUUUUCUUCUCUUAAACACAUGAGUGUGUCGCUGGUCGUCAUCCGCUUGGAAAUGGCAGACCGGUCUCCCGUCCCCCGGGGUUUCCAGUACUCCGCCGUUGAAGGCUUAUCUGAGGAGGAGCUGCAGGAGAAAUCUCUGGGUUUAGCCAAACUUACUCUGAGUGGAAGGUCCGACCUGGAGAGGACAACGAUGCUGCAGCAGCACAUUGGCAGCAGAGCCAUGGGGGACAUGGUUAUAGAGACCUUUGAACCCUGCCCAGGAGGAAGUAAUGAGCAGCACGACGUGUCUCAGGAUGCUGAUGUUCAGGAUGGCAGCGCAGUAACAGGAACCACUCCAGACUCGCCCUCCAAGCAGCUCCCGGAGCAGAUCUCCUUCUUCAGCGGGAACCCCUCGGUGGAGAUCGUUCAUGGUAUCAUGCACCUCUACAAGACCAAUAAGAUGACGUCCCUGACUGAAGACGUGAGGCGCAGCGCGAUGGUCUGCAUCCUGACAGUUCCAGCGACCAUGACCAGCCAUGACCUCAUGAAGCUCUUGGCACCGUUUAAUGAUGUCAUGGAGCACAUGAAGAUCAUUCGAGACUCCACCCCCAACCAGUACAUGGUUCUGAUUACGUUUUGUUCCCAGGCUGAUGCAGACAGUUUUUACACAGCUUGUAAUGGACGCCAGUUCAACUCCAUAGAGGAUGCGGUGUGCCAAGUGGUCUACGUGGAGCGAGCGGAGGUUAUAAAGUCUGAGGAGGGAGCCAGUCUGCCGGUGAUGGAGCUGACCGAGCUGCCAAAGUGCACCGUGUGCCUGGAGAGGAUGGACGAGUCCGUUAACGGCAUCCUCACCACGCUCUGCAACCACAGCUUUCACAGCCAGUGUCUCCAGCGGUGGGAAGACGCCUCGUGUCCGGUGUGCAGAUACUGUCAGACUCCAGAACCCGUGGAAGAGAACAAAUGCUUUGAGUGCGGCGUUCAGGAGAACCUGUGGAUCUGUUUGAUCUGCGGACACAUCGGUUGCGGUCGGUAUGUGAGCCGUCACGCCUACAAGCACUUCGAGGAAACGCAGCACACGUACGCCAUGCAGCUCACAAACCACCGUGUCUGGGACUACGCUGGAGAUAACUACGUCCACCGGCUCGUGGCCAGUAAGACGGAUGGGAAGAUGGUGCAGUUUGAGUGUGAAGGAGAGACCUGCCAAGAGGAGAAAAUUGAUGCACUCCAGCUAGAGUACUCGUACCUGCUGACGAGCCAGCUGGAGUCCCAGAGGGUUUACUGGGAGAACAAGAUCGUCCAUCUGGAGAAGGAAACGGCUGAGGAGAUCAACAACAUGAAGGCUAAAUUUAAGGAGACGCUGGAGCGCUGCGAUAACCUGGAGCAGCGAUUGGGAGAGAUAAGCAAAGACAAGCAGAGUAUCGAUAAAAAGUGCACCCAGCUGAACACUCGAGUGCUGAAGCUGAGCCAAGAGCUGAAGGAGGAGCAGGAGAUGAACCGCUGUCUGAGAUCCAAUCAGGUGCAGCUGCAGGCCCAGCUGGCCGAAGAAGAGCGCAGAGGAAAAGAGAGCGGAGAGCGUAAGGAGGGGGUCAUAGCGGAGCUGCAGGAGCAGCUCAGAGACGUCAUGUUUUACCUGGAGACGCAGCGGAAUAUCGAACAGCUGUCCUCCGAGGCCCGCAGCGAAAUCCAGGACGGACAGAUCAACAUCCCGGCCAACCCAACGGACGACGAACUGGGCUUGGCGGGCCCCUCAUCCAGCCGCGGCAGGAGGGGCCGGGGCAGGAAGAGAAAGUAGGCUGGAGCGCAGACUUGCAGGAACUCACUAGGAACUCUGAGCGUUCCAGCGUGGGAGCUCUUGGACCGCUGAUGUUUAGAUAGCAUGUGUCCGCGUUAGUGUGUUCGCCCCGGAAACGCUCAGAGGAGAGACAAUGUUUACGGCAACAUUUCCAACUUUAACUCCAUGUAUCUCGCGAGUGGACUGCUUGGAUAUUAAAGAUGUAAAUAUAAUCUGCUCUACCAAUAGUGAGUCUAUUUUAGCCAAAGAUGGUAUUUAUUGAAAGUAAGAGGAGUUCACGUGUGCCCACUUCAAUACAACGGUGUUGUAUUUCUUUAAAAUGUCAAAGCACAGGGGCCCCGGAUAGGUAAGUGGGUUGAGCGGACGCCAUUUGUAGAGGCUAUAGUCCUCGCGCAAGCUGAAGUCCCGGCCUGUCGUUCUAUACUGCAAUGCCUCCUCCCCCUCUCUACCCGUUUCCUGUCUACCUACUCUCUCAAUAAAGGCCACUAGUGCCACAAAAACCUUUAAAAAAAUGUCAAAGCACAACUUUUUGAUGAAUAUUGGCUUUUGUUUGAAAGAGAACCAUGUUUUCUUAAGUCACUCGAGCGUCUGUCCUCUUUCCUUUUCUUUUUAUGACGUUAAUUGAUGUUAACGUCAGACUUCUCUCAGCAGUCCAGUUUGUGGACAUGAGGAGGUCCAGGGACAAAGGGCAGAGUGGGUCAGGAGCAGGAGGGCAGGUUCCCGUGUUUUCACCACGUAGAUCCGACGUCAUUCCUGGCCCGGACCACAGGGUGUGAAGCUCAGGAUGUUUGGAGAGGAAGGCGGAGCAGCUCAACUCGAAUGAUUUAACUUGUUUUCUCGAGGACAGAAAUAAAUAAAUGUCAGAACCUUUUAUUUAAUACUUAUUUAUAUGGUUUUUGUAACAAUAAUUCAGAGCACUGCUGUGACCCGCUGGACUCGGAUUAUCUCACAACCUUUAACUCAGCUAAACUGCUGCAGUGUCUUGUAUUUAUGUUUUUUUUUCUUGUGUUGAAAAUCUGCCCCAAUAUGGCUUUAAUGAGCUUUCAUGUGAAAACCUUUUUUAAAUAAGCUCUCAUGAA